GAAAACAUCAUCACUCUUCUGGAUCAGAUGCAGGAAGACGGUGUUGCAAUGAACAACUCCUGCUAUCACACCGUGCUCCAUGGCUUGUCUUACUCCCCGGACUACCACGAGAGAUGCUUCGAACUCUACAUCUCCAUGCGGGAGAACGGCAUUACGCCCAACGAGACCCAGCUCUGUUCCUUGCUGCGGGCGCUCUUCGGCGAGGAGGGACAGGAGCGGGAUCGGAAAAAGGGCCUGGAGAUCUUCCAGCAGCUUGUGGACGACACGAGUGUGAACCUCACGGAAGUCCAUUUCGACAUGGCGAUCAAUGUCUGUGAGAAGGACGGGUUGUGGAGAGAGAUCCUCUCUCUGGCCACUGCGAUGGGCUCGCGUGGUAUCAGCCCACACUCGAUGACCUGCAACGCCGUGCUUAAGGCCUGCGUGCAGCUGGGGAAGUCGGAUGUGGCCUUGAAGCUCCUGGGCACCAUGGCCCGCGACGGCACGGAACUGGAUCGUGUCGCCUACCGGACCGUGCUUGCUGCUUGUGCACGGGCGCGAAGCUGGGACGAGGUGCUGAAGCUCUACGCGGAGGUGGAG